UGCAGUGCAAAUAAAUUACUGCACUUGUAUGAAAAAAAAAAAAAAAAAAAAAAAAAACAUUCAAAUGGAACGAUUACGUACGUUUCUUUGAGAUUGGGGCAAAUAGAAUGAUAAUGCCCGAUAAUGCCGAGAAAUGUUUUAAAAAACACGUCCAACAAAUGUGUAUUAUUUUUGUAGUUUUAUUCAGUAUUGCGAUCGGAAUUUGGGCCGCGUUACUUCUUUUUUUUAAAAUGCCAUUUUUUUCCAACCAGUUGAAUGGAUUUCCCAAGCAAUGGAUGCCGUCCUCAUGGAAAAGCUAGCAGACGAGAAGAUUUGUGGCGAUGCAGAGUGCUCGUAUGUUCUGUCCAUGGCGACGGCCUUGGACGACUUCAUAGCUCCAGAUUGCAGAUUCAUCAACAUCAAGAAGGGUCAGAAGGUUUACGUGUAUUCUAAACUGGUGCCAGAGGAGGGCGGUGGAGUCUUUUGGUCUGGCAGUGUGUACAGUGACCGCUACGUGGACCAGAUGGGCAUCAUUGGAUACUUUCCCGCUCCUGUGGUGAAGGAGAUACACACGUUUAGAGAGGAAACGGUCCAGAUCGCAACAACAAACAUGGAUUUCUUCUGCGCUUAAGGUGGACAGAUGCUUCCUGUUUUCUUAUAACUCUAUGUACAUAAAAUUAAAUACAAGUUUUUUUGCCCCAACUCAAUCUUGCGUCGCCUUUGCAACUGCCUAAAACGGGGUUCACCUAUAUCGACAAUAAGGCCAUAUUCCAAAAACUAUCCCU